AUGGAAGCUCUUCCUAUCCUCAGCCUUCUCUUAACAAGAAGAUCUCCCAACCAAAGUGAAGAAUAUCUUAGUAGUAUAACUAAUGAUUAUGUAGCUCAACAUCUUGGCCUCCAAGCCGUAGCUUUUCUGAAGGUGAUCUCAUCCCAAAGCUUUCCACAAAUGGUGAAAAACAAGACUACUAAAGUUAUGGAUGAUGAAAAAGGUUCUCUUGAAAUGCGUUAUGAAGAAUACAAAAUAAAAUACAUAAUCCAAAGGGCAUGAAUCAAAGUGUAUCAAGGAAAUUAAAAUGUCAAGUGGUUACGAAGACGAAGAAUGUAAAGAUUUAUGGCCAAUUAAUUUGAAUCAAAGUGUAUCAAAGAAAUUAUUGAAAGAGUCUUGACCAGAAGUAAGAAAGAAAUGUAAUUUUUUUUAACUAUAGAAAAAGCUAAUUAUCUAUAGGUUGGAUUUUUUGUUGGAUUUGUUUUAUUUUACAAAUUGUGUAUUCCUCUACUUCUAAAUCAUUUUGAAUUAUGU